AUAAAGGAACAAGAAAGAUUAAAGUCAUAAAUACAUUUCAAAUAACAAAUAGGCCUUAGUAAAUUUACUAGUUGAUUAUUGAUAUACUUUAUUCUUCGAUCUAACUCAUUUCAGAAUCGUCUCCUCAAUGAUAUGAUAUCACUGUGGAGUUUGCUAGGUCGAGUAUAACAUCUUCGCCAUCUAAUCUUAUUAUAGAUUCAAAGGUUUCCUCUGCAUUGAGUAAAGCAAAAUUAGGGGGUGUUAUAUAUUUAAGAAGUUUCUCUAAGUUAAAGCAUCAGUGUGAGUAUUUCGUCGACCAUCUUCCCUUUUUGACAGUCAGUGCAUCUUUUGAGAUGUAAAUAUGUUUUCUCAGACCUAAAGCCCCUUUCACACCGGGCCAUUCGUAUAGCUGCAUAGUGUUGCAUACCGACUACCCCGGGUGUACUCUGCCCCACGCCGGCCUGCGUAACUAUAAUAAUAUCAAUAAUAAUAUCCAUAUUAGCCUUAUAGUCCACUCCAAAUUUUAUUAAACCGUGAGGGACGCAAAGGGGUACGCGAGACGAACGCUUUGCAUACUUUCGGCGUAGACACUAAACGCAAAACGUACACAUUUUUACGCAAGUCUACGCAACACUACGCUAGUUUACGCCAUGCGUACGCAAUAGUAAGCUACCCUACGGCAGUCCGACGAAGCAGUAAAAGCGUAUAGAUUAAUUAAGGCGUCCCAGAUGCUAUUUGCGCAAGCAGUAAAGCAAUCGUGCGCAACCCUAAUCAAACCUACGUACCCUUUACGCUAGGCCUACGUAAACGUACGCAACCCUAUGCCUCUUAUACGCAAUCGUAAGCGUAGGUACCCAAUGCCUUUGCACAGGGUAUCUAACCUUACGCAAUCGCACGCCAAUAUACGCAUAAGCUACGCAGGUACUCAACGGAAGCAACAUUUUUGUCAUGAAAACGCAGCCUAAUACAGUACGCACCUUUACGCAGAUCCGGCGUGAAAGGGGCUUAACUGAAUCUACUUCACUUAUACCGUUCACUAUCAUGAGGAAAAUUCAACUGACAGCAUUCUAAACAUGAAGUUAGUAACAUCUUGGCAGACUGUUUGAUGUUUGUUUACUCAUUGUAAGAUAUCCGAAUAUAGAAUGGGCGUGGUCAGAUCUAUUGCGUAGGACUUUGAGGAACGGGUAAUUCAGCAACGUUGCAAUUUUAUCCGGAUUAUAAUUAUCAUCAUGAGGGAGAGAGAGAGAGAGAGUGCACUGCUCAUGUUGACAUAGAAUGGGCAUUGACCCCUUCCCUCCAUCCCCGGUAAUGAUUUGCCUUCCUUUGUGAAAAGGGUAUAAGUAUCGCAGCUUUUUGGCCACUUCUUCAUUUAACGGACUGUUUUCAAAAAGACGUUCACCAGAAAUCAAAUCAUCAUCAUGCUGAGGUUCCUGAUUCUCGCCUGCGCUUUUAGCGCUAUUAACGCGGCUACUGAGUGCGGUCAACCGGCGAUUGAUCCCACUGAGAUGUCAACUGCGAUCGUUGGUGGUCAACCCGCCAAGGCUAACAGCUGGCCCUGGAUGACAGAGGUCAUCAAAAAUGGUUACCAUUACUGUGGCGCCACCCUCAUCGACAACGAGUGGAUUGUCUCUGCAGCUCAUUGCUUUGACGACGAUUUGACAAAUGCCGUACACGAGUUUUCCGUAGGAGGUCAUAAAAGUGCUAAUGAUGGAGGUAAAAGCGAAUGGAGACGUCAGACGUUCACUGCCCGUAAGAUAAUCCUCCACGAGGGUUAUACCAAAAAUGGGAAUGGGAAUGACAUUGCUAUGAUCAAGCUUAAUGGUCAGGUCCAAUACAAUGACUAUGCCUCACCAGCCUGCCUAGCUACGUCCAGACCAAGUAAUGGCGUAGAUGCCUAUGUCACUGGCUGGGGAGCUUUGGAGUAUAAAGGAGAUUCUCCAGAUGUACUACAUCAGGUCAAUGUACCAAUCGUCAGUCAGGACGCAUGUAAAAGUGCUUACGGCCGUACCAGAAUUGACUCAACAAUGAUAUGUGCUGGAUUGAAACAGGGAGGCAAGGACUCAUGCCAGGGUGAUAGCGGCGGACCAUUGGUGGUGAAGACUAAAGCUGGAUUUAACUCAUAUGAAUGGACUCUUGUAGGAGUCGUCAGCUGGGGUUCCGGCUGUGCCGAUCCAGGUUACUACGGGGUCUACUCUGAUGUGUCCUAUUUUAACGAUUGGAUAAAGGAUACCAUGGCCCGCAACUAAACAAUUGAUCACAGUAAUUCAUCCAAGAGUAAUUGAAACGUGUAAGAAUGUCUCGAUAGUUCUUGAUAAAGUAUGAUUAUACAAGCUCAACGCUUGCAGGAUUUUAUCUGAGAAUGCCUAAUACGAACCGAACAAGCAGAAUAUAAUAUUCAUAAAACGACAUUGCAUUGGCCAUUUUCAAAAAACAUUUUUAAAAAUGGUAUACUCGACAUUAUCAACUUCGAAGGAAUAGUCAAUAUUUGGCCAAGUUAUAAAAGGGUUACAAUGUAGCAGGUACGUUUGGAGUACUAUUUAUUCACAUAACUAUGGAUACCUAAAAACUAGAGGUACAAUCUCAUAUAAGAAGACAAAACUAGAUAGGGAGAGAGAAAAGAAAAACGGGGGCCCUCGGAUAAGUAGACCAAUCUUGGCCACAUUAUUUGGAUACAACUUUUCUAAUCUUUCAGUAUUGAACUUAAUCUCGUAUUGUCGUUUUAAAAGUUUCGCUAUUAAAACUUCUAGACAGUUUAUAUUAUGAUGUUCAAAGUUAUAGUAUUACCUUUUAAUAAAUACAAUAUAUGAAGUGCAAUAAUACAUUUCUUGUGAUGAAUAAAUCGAUGUAAUAAGUCGAAUAUUAAA